ACUGACUGCACUUGCCUCAGCACUAUUUCCGUAUUCUUCACGUUCAGGGAGUAGUCCAGAGGAACUUAAAUCAUGCUUUUUAGCCGUCUGUGUAAAUCGAGCGAAUUACUUCUAAAUAAGAAACGCAUUUUGUUGUUCUUUUUCACAGCUGUCAAUGCUGUUUCAGUUACUGCAGUCUGGCCAAUGCCCCAGAAGAUAAGCAGUUCAAUUGAGCGAUACUGUGUCAGGCCACAGUCUUUCAUAUUUCAGUAUACAAAUGUUUCGAUAGCACAACCAGGUUGUUCAAUUCUCGACGCUGCUUUUGUGAGAUACUUCAAGCUCAUCUUCCCCGACCUCCUCAGAGAUCCAGGUAAAAGACAAAUCUAUUAUGCCAGGCCCAUGGCAAAGCCCUUUACAGUCUGGGUGGGAGUAUCUGAGGGUGACUGCAACGGCUAUCCCAGCGAAAGCUCCAAAGAGAGCUAUAGGCUGAGUGUGUCAUCUGGACAGGCACUUCUGAGGGCAGAGAGUGUAUGGGGAGCACUGAGAGGUUUGGAAUCUCUCAGUCAGUUAGUGUACCAGGAUGGUUAUGGGGCUUAUUACAUCAACCAAACUGAAAUUGAGGACUUUCCAAGGUUUCCAUUUCGAGGACUUUUAUUGGACACCUCUCGACACUACCUACCCAUAAAUGCCAUCUUGGAAACUCUGGAUGCCAUGGCUUACACCAAGCUCAAUGUGUUUCACUGGCACAUUGUGGAUGACCCAUCCUUCCCAUAUCAAAGCAAAUCCUAUCCUGAUCUGAGUAACAAGGGGGCAUUCCACCCGAUGACCCACGUGUACACGCAGACGGACGUGAAGCGAGUGAUCGAGCAUGCCAGGCUACGGGGAAUCCGCGUGGUGCCCGAGUUUGACUCCCCUGGGCACACUCAGUCCUGGGGGAAAGGAAAGCCUGACCUCUUGACCCCUUGUUACCGUGGCGAUGUCCCCUCAGGGACUUUUGGGCCUGUGAACCCCAUUCUGGCCUCCAGUUACUCAUUCAUGGCCAAGCUGCUUAAGGAAGUGACAUCAGUCUUUCCUGACUCCUUCCUGCAUCUAGGAGGGGAUGAAGUUAAUUUCAGCUGCUGGAGGUCUAACCCAGACGUGAGGGCCUUCAUGAAGAAGAUGGGCUUUGGCACGGACUUCACCAAACUGGAGGCACUCUAUGUAGAAAACAUGGUAAGCAUCACCUCCGCACUCAACAGGACCUCCAUUGUGUGGCAGGAUGUGUUUGACUACCACGAGAAAAUCCCUACGGACACGGUUCUGGAGAUCUGGAAGGGCCUUCCCCCGGCUUACGCGCAGGAGCUGAGCCGCAUCACAGGGGCCGGCCACAGGGUCCUGCUGUCCGCCCCCUUUUACAUCAACCACAUCCGCUACGGGCAGGACUGGCGCGACUCUUACCUCGUGAAACCACUGAACUUCUCUGGUACGGAGGAGCAGAAGCGGCUGGUGAUUGGUGGAGAGGUGUGCAUGUGGGGGGAAUAUGUGGAUGCCACCAACCUUAGUCCCCGUCUGUGGCCCAGAGGCUGUGCUGCUGCAGAGCGUCUGUGGAGUGACGAGGAGCAGACCUCUAGUGUGGACGCGGCGUUUCCUCGCUUGACAGACUUCCGCUGUCGCCUCCUGAGGCGUGGUAUUCGUGCAGAGCCCCUGUUUGUGGGCCACUGUCAGCAAGAGUACCAGGGCUUGUGAGAAGCUGCAUGAGAAGAUACUUUUGAUGCACUGGUGUACAAACCUAAAGGGGACUUUAAAGGGAUUUAACACGAGUUGUGAAAUGAAAUUAUUUUUUUUGUUUGACUGUGGAUUGAAUAUUGAUUAUAAUAGUUGUUUAAUGGUUCUCUGCCAAUUUAACCCCAAUCAAUAAACUAUAUCAGCUGUUCCUUCAGAGAUCAGCGUUCUGGAAAACCUGGGCAUUCCUUAAGCUGACAAUGAACUACUAGACUACCUAUCAGAGCUCCCCAAAACGGUUAACAAGGGCAUCUGAAAGGGCUGUUAUGUUCAGGAUGAUAAUGAUGCUCAAAUGGCAGCUUAUGAAUGAAAGUACUUUGAUUAGCUUUUUGGCUGCAGCUUUAGUACUUCAGAGAUGUGGGUUGGAGGACAGUUGGGUUGACUGCUCUUUGUUUUUAUUGGUGUAAGCAGUGACUUUUUUUAUUUUUUAUAAAAAAAAAAAAGCCUUUUAAUGCCUUUCUCCAAAGAACGAGAUCACAAGUCUUUGGAUGUUUCCUGUGUUUGCACUAUGUUAUGAUUGAGUGAAGUUUACUGUGUUUGCACUAUGUUUGAGUGUAGUGAAAUGCACUAUGUUAUGAUUGAGUGUAGUGAAAGGAUCUAUCAGCUAAUUGCUCUGUGAUCACCCAAAUCAUUCCAGGACUCGCUCACUUCAGCUGCCUCACAGUCAUCUUUCCACUAAUCAGUACCUGUACAGUCAUCGAGACGGAUUGCCGACCGGCACGCUCCUGUGUAAGAAUGUCCACGUUUAAUUAAACACACACACACACACACCCUGGCUGCCAGGCCAAUCCUGUCUCACUAGACGCAUCACUCAUGCCCGAUCCUAUUAUCUCCCUGGGGUUUUAUACCUGAGCACCACAGACAAAGCGUCAUGGACAUCAAGAUGAUACGGCCCCGACCAAGAUAAACCUGAAGGUUCAGGCCUCUCUUACAUGGCCAGCACAGCGAUGCACUUAAUUAAACUAAUGAGUUGAUUUGUCUUUGAGCACUGCAGUGAAGUCAAGUCCUAAAUAACAGCAUUUUAAAAUAUUGCCGUUAUUUUGAAUGUGCUUGAAUUCAUUUGAAGAAACUAAUAUUUGUUUGCUGAAAAAGUUUUUUUUUUUAAUUUGAUUUAUUAUAUUAAUUUAUUAUUUGAUUUUAGUUAUUUAAUGCAUUUUCUGUGAAACUAAACUAAUAAAUGUACAUAUUGCACCAUUGAA